UGAAGAUCUGCCGGUGUUUUCAGCUUCAAACCAUUGACGCGCCCAACACGCUCACAGAGCGCGGCCAUGGCCGAUGGCGGGGCGCCUGCGGAGCCCAAAGCGCCCAAGCAGGCACCGCAGCCGGGGCAGAUGUCCCAGUCGCUCGACGAGCCAGUGCGAGGACUUGAGAAGGUGGAUGACCUGAAGGUGCAUCACCGGGAGUUCUUCGGCGGCGUUGGAAGCUUUACGGUGCUCAAGCACGAGCACCUGUCGCAAUCCACGAUGAGUGGUUCGUUCACUUUGACCAGCUCCACUGGAGGUGUCACGGAGUACAAAGGAUGCUUCAAUGGCAACCCCGCGGACGACGGGCCGACGCCCAACGGUUUAGGAGUGAGGAUCAACCCUGAUGGAUCCUCCUUCGCCGGGGAGUGGAAGGAGGGGUUUCCUCAUGGACAAGGUGAGUGGAAGGCUGCCGCGCCCAGUUGCGAAAGCUACGUGGGGGAAUGGAAGCGCGGCAAGAAGCACGGCUACGGCACCAUGAAGUUCAACAACGGAGACUGCUACGAGGGAGAUUGGGCCGAUGGAAAGUUCCAGGAUCGAGGGAAGUACACCUACAGCAACGGCGACGAAUUCAUGGGUUUGUGGGAGAAGGGCGUGAAGGUGAGUGGCACCUUCUACUUCGCCGAUGGCCGAGUUAGCACCAGGAAGUGGCAGGGUGGCAAACUGGUCUCCUGCCAGGAGUUCGAUGCGCGAAAGAGGAGCUACAUGCCCACCACAACUCACCAGCAGGUACACGAUCCACGGGCCAAUCAAUAUGGUGCCGCAGCCUCCAUGAGCAACAUGAUCACGUGCAAUGGCGUGAGGGUCACGACCUGAUCCGCUGCCAAGACCUUGGCAGCUGACUGACCUAGACAUGCUGACUAGAUUUGGGGGGUUCAGGAGUCGCAAAGUGAGGAAGCAGAUGGGCAGAGUGG